AUGUCGUCUGUACCUCGAACAACCGCCGCAAAUUUAAAUGUGGGUUGGGAUCCAACUCCUCUUUCUACCCCUAUUAGUGGCGACUUGGACUCAAACUCGCUCAUCGAGCGUACUAAAGAGGUCAAGGUUGAUGUAAAUGAUUACUCUCGAUUUAAAGACAUUGGGAAGGACUUGGAAGAUGAAGACAUGGAGAAACCUGAGACAGUGUCCUCUGAAAAUACAUCCGAGUCCAAAUGCCGCAAUUGUAAUAAAGUUGGUAGUAAGCUCAAGUGUAGUAUUUGCAAAAAGGCCGUUUAUUGUGAACGCAAGUGUCAAGCGAGCGAUUGGCAGUUUCACAAGCGCAUCUGCAAGAAGCCUGAACCUCCUAAGAAGCCUGAUCCACCCCGAAAGUCACGUACUACGAGUCCAACAAAGUCUCCACCAUCAAAAUCGUCGAGCUCAUCGUUAAGUAGCGGACAGUCUACGACGUCCAGUGGGUCAUCUAUCGUGGUGACGGAUGAGCCAGAUCUGCCCGAAAAAAUUCGUGGCUACAAGAAUGGUUUGCCUUACUUCCAUCGUGAAUUAUCUAAAGAGGAAAAGACUCUUAUCGGAGACAUUGCACCGCAGAAAAUUGAAACUAAUCCUGCAGAGGCGAAACCUGUGCAACAUGAUGGCUCAGCUUGGAAUAAAGCUGGCACAUUUGAAGAGCGUGUCGUAACUAAGUGGGCCAAGGACAAGUGGAAAGAAAUUUUAACUGGGGCAACUUACGCCGAGAGCAACCUGAAGGCAACUUUGAAAGCACCGGACAACAUUUCGGGAGACGCUAGCAUUUGUGUUGUGCGAGGAAAAAAGCGUUACCUGUUUGACUUUAGCUUUAAACUUUCCUUUGAAAUUGCCAUAAGCAGUGGUACCACUUGUGAAGGCAUAUACGACAUGAAAGAUAUUUCGAAUGACGAAGACUACGAGAUCUCGUGCAAAUUAACCAAGAAUCCUAAAAGCAUUAGCGAGCAAAAUGCCGUUCGAGCUUUCAUUGCGAGUAACAAUAAUGGGUUGCAGAAAGAAGUUGUGCGACUCAUUCACGUAUUCGCUACUGAAUUCCAGCAACUUUAG